AUGCUUGCUGGAAAGAAUAUUGCGAAAAGAGGCAAAUUCUUGGAAAGUUUUUUGUUUAAUCCGCCAUAUGCAUCUUUCCCAAUUGAGACAAUCUUCAAAGACAAUAAGAAUGUGAUACAUGGGCUUCAACUGACAAUCAAUGUUAUCAAAGGCGGCGUUGCCCUUGCUUUGGGAUAUAGUGGUGAUGAGGAUUCAUUUGCUGCAAUAUCAGGGUGGAAGCCAUGUUUGUUUGUGAAUAGUAGAGACUUCAUAUGUCAUGGAUAUAUUGAACAUUUCAAGAAGAGAAGAAAGAGCGACGACGUUGGAGUUUGGGGACUAAUAAGCCAUCAUUCACUAAGAAACAUAGUGAUGAAAGAAUUGAAAAUAAGGGAUGUUGAAAAUUCGGAGCCGCUUCAUUUGCUUCCUUCGGCAAUUCUUAUAGAGAAUCUCAGUCCUCCCGAAGAAAGCAUUUCACCUCAUAAACUUCGUCAUUGGUGGAAGCCUGACCUGAACUUGCGUUGUACUGUUUAUAACUACGAAUAG